AUGGCCGGCUUUGAGAGCGAGAAGACGAGUGCCUCUUCUUCCAAUGCACUGCAAACUGGCGAGACGAGAGCAGAAAAGGCCUUGACAAUCCUAUGGUCCCAAUUGCCGGAAUGGAUGCAAGACAACCAAUUCAUCCAUAGCGGUUAUCGACCUCCAUCGAACUCCUACGCAAGAUCCGCAGCAAGUAUUGGCAGCUGGCAUAACGAGACCAUCAACAUAUGGUCCCAUCUGAUCGGCGCCCUUCUGGCAGGCUCUGCAGGAACAAAACUUUAUUUCAGCAUCAGACCGAGAUUCGAGAUGGCGACGACCGAGGACGUCAUGGUCUUCUCCUGCUUCUUUCUAGGAGCCGUCGCUUGUCUUGGCAUGAGUGCAACCUACCACACCAUAUCGAACCACUCGCAUGCUGUGGCGAAACUUGGCAACAGAUUGGACUACAUUGGCAUUGUGUUCUUGAUCUGGGGUAGCUUUAUCCCAUCGAUAUUCUAUGGAUUCAGCGCAGAACCUCAUCUGAUCAAUUUGUACUGGUCGAUGAUCACUACGAUAGGUGCGGGAACUGUGCUUGUUGUACUCCAUCCAAAGUUCCGCUCUCCCUCUUGGAGGCCCUUCAGAGCGUUUAUGUUCGUGAUGAUGGGUCUCAGUGCAGUAUUUCCGGUCCUGCAUGGGCUGAGCAUCCAUGGAUGGGCAGAGGUUGAGCAACGGAUCGCGUUAUCUUGGUUGAUCACCCAGGGGUUGCUCUACAUUAUAGGAGCUAUGAUCUACGCUGCUCGUGUUCCGGAACGAUGGAAACCAGGCGCUUUCGACAUCCUUGGCAGCUCUCACCAAAUCUUCCAUGUCCUCGUUGUCGCAGCUGCAGCAGUCCAUCUCAAGGGCCUUCUCAAGGCAUUUGAUCACGAAUAUGGUGUGCGAACGGAAUCCUCAUACCCGGGUGUCGGAAGAUAG